UUAGUCUCCAAAAGCUUUAAUUUACUGAAAGCCUUAACACACCAAUACUAAGCCUACAGGCUUUAGUAAAGCCCAAAUCAAUACAAUAAAAAUCCUAAAUUAAUAAACAAAGAGUCUUCUUCUUCUUCUAAAUCCCAACGGAAAAAGAAGAAGAAUAGAGUUUUCGCUUAAUCUCUACUCAAUACGUUGAAUUUGUGAAAGCGGAGAUCUACAAAGCGUAAAAGAGUUCUUCUGGGUUUCUUCUUUCUCCGAUCGAUCUGCUAGACGAUGACGAUGAGUUUCCUUCUAUAAAACCAGUAACUACGAGAUUUGAUUUAUAACAAUCAUGAAACUCUGGUCAUGUUUGAAAAUCCAGCUUCAAAUAGUCCUCAUCUUCGUAAAUCUAGUAGCAAAUCUGUCUUCAUUGAUCCUGGUUUAAACGGACAUUUAGGUGAAAUGGGUGACCUUAAAGGUUCAAAUUCACCACUUCAUAUAACAACUAUGGUUCCUUCUCCUAUCUUCCUCUGGAGAUUUAAGGUGGUUUUGUUUCUGUUUUGGGCUUUAUGUUGCUGCAAGAUUGGAUGGGAUUCAGUUAUGAGAAUGAGUAUCGACCUGCGAGAUUUAUUUUUGUAUGAAGCGUUUCUUUAUUACAAUCCUCUUCUUCUUGUGACAAUGAUGGUUUGGCUGUGGGGAGUGAACUUAUGGGUGUUCUCUCAAGGAAGUGUUAAUUAUUCCAAAGUCUUUGAUCUUGAUCAUAACCACCUUACUCAUAGAGAGAUGUGGAAGUGUAGCAUGUGGAUGACAAUCAUUGUCCCAACUAGCAUGACAGCGUAUCUAUAUCUGUAUUCUCAUGGGGAAGUAUCUUUGGCUGCUUCACAACCGGUGCUCCUGUACAUUGCUUUUGCUUUGGUACUGAUAUUUCCUUUCGAUAUUUUCUACUUGUCAAGUCGAUAUUUUCUGCUGAGAACAUUAUGGAGGAUAGCUUUUCCACUGCAGCCAAUUACAUUUCCAGACUUCUUUUUGGCAGAUAUUCUGACCUCCAUGGUAAAGGUCUUUUCCGACUUAGAGCGGUCCGUUUGCCGGAUGGUGCAUAGACAGGUCGCUACAAUUGCUUGGUUUGAAGCUGACGCUGUCUGUGGCAGUCAUCAAAUUGCAAUCCCAUUGGUUCUUGUUUUCCCCUACAUUUGCCGUCUUUUGCAAUGUCUUCGACAAUACAAAGAUACAAAGGAAAAAUCAUCUCUAUUAAAUGCUCUGAAGUAUUCUACAGCAGUACCCGUGAUCUUCCUUUCUGCGCUUAAAUAUCACGUGAUGCCCGAGAGCUGGACAUCAUUUUACCGACCGCUCUGGCUUUUCUCAAGUGUCAUCAACUCACUGUACUCUUUCUACUGGGAUGUAACUCGGGAUUGGGACUUGAGCGGUUUCACUAAGAUAUUCAAGUUUAGCCGUCCAAGUACCAUAUCAAACUUAUUAUAUGGCCGACAAUGGGUAUAUUUCUGGGUGAUAGGGAGCAAUCUGGUGCUAAGAUGCGCGUGGACAUACAAAUUAUCAGCACAUUUGAGGCACAACUACAUAACGGUGUUCACAAUGACAGCGAUGGAGAUGUUGAGACGAUUUCAAUGGGUAUUUUUCAGAGUAGAGAAUGAGUGGAACAAGAUCACUAAAUCACAUCCAAUGGGUGAGAUUUCACUUGAAGAAGAUAAACUACUUGGUUCUACUACACCUCAUGAUGUUUAGCAUCCAACUAUUUUUGUUUAUUUCCUCUAAUCCUAUGCAAAAUUCUGGUUUUCCUAUUCGGACUCUAGACACUUUUAGAUUAUACACAAUUUUUCAUGAAUUGAACCAAAUUUAAUGAAUGACAUAUUAAUAGGAAAAAAUAUUUUCAUACUGUU